CUGCUAAAGCCCAGUCCCGUUAUCUUACCAGAAUUGACCACUGGAACAAUGAGAAGGAGCGUCUCGUUCUCAUCACGGAUUGGUCCCUCCUGAUCUGCAAAUACAACUUCCUCAGCCUGCAGUGCCAGCACGUGACAAGGAUAGCCCUCAGCGCCGUCGACACCAUCUCUGUAGGAGAGUUUGAGUUCCCACCUAAGUCUCUCAACAAGCGCGAAGGUGUCGGCAUCCGGAUUCAGUGGGACAAGCAAAGCCGCGCCUCCUUCAUAAACAGAUGGAACCCGUGGUCCACCAGCAUCCCGUACGUCACCUUCACCGAGCAUCCCAUGGCAGAUGCUGAUGAGAAGGUCGCAUCCCUCUGCCUAUUGGAAAACUUUAAAACUCAGCUAAUUCAAGCUGUGAAGAAAGCCCAUAAGGAGUGUCCGCUGCCAGGAAGGGCUAACGGUGUGCUGGUGCUGGAGCGUCCCCUUCGGAUCGAGACCUACCUGGGAUUGAUGUCCUUCAUCAACAAUGAGGCCAAGCUCGGCUACUCCAUGACAAGAGGCAAAAUUGGAUUUUAAACUUCAUUGCAUGUAAUCUUCUUGAGGG